GAUCGGGAUCGAGAUCAAGACCUGGACCAGGAUCGGGACCGGGACGGGGAUCGGGAUCGUGACUGAGACCGGGACCGGGAGAUGGAUCCGGACGUGGAGCGGGACCGGGACAGGGACCGGGACCGGGAACCGGAGCCGUGCCCCGAACCGGAGCCCCGCGGAGCCCGGCCCGGGCCGCCCCCCACGCGUUGGGGCAUCUGCGGGGCCGGAGCCAUCAGCCACGACUUCGUGCUGGCCCUGGGCACGCUGCCCCGCUCCGAGCACACGGUGGUGGCCGUGGCCGCCCGGGAUUUGGGGCGCGCCCAAACCUUCGCCCGCCGCCUUGGGGUGCCCCGGGCCUACGGAUCCUACGAGGAGCUGGCCCAGGACCCCGACAUCGACGUGGUGUACGUGGGCACGGUGAACCCCACUCACCUGCCCGCGGGGCUGCUGUUCCUGCGCCGCGGUCGGGCCGUGCUGAUGGAGAAGCCGAUGGCGCUCGACGCCCGCGAGGUCGCGCAGCUCGUGGGGACGGCGCGGGAGCGCGGCGUCUUCCUGAUGGAGGGGUUCUGGACACGCUUUUUCCCCGCCUGGCGCCGGCUGCGCUCGCUGGCGGCCGGGGGGUCCCUGGGGUCCCCGCUGGUGCUGCGGGGGUCUCUGGGGUUCGCCCUGGGGGGGGUCCCGCGGCUGCGCGAGCCGGCGCUGGGCGGGGGGGCCCUGCUGGACCUGGGGGGCUACGGGGUGCAGGCAGCGCUGGCCCUGCUGGGGGGCGGCCAGGGACCCCCCAAACUGCGGGCCCACGGGCGGCUGCACCCCACCGGCGUGGACGAGUCGGUGUCGGUGACGCUGGAAUUUCCCGGGGGGGGUCUCGCCGCGCUCCUUUUCUCCAUGGCCGCGGAGCUGCCGGGGGGGGCGGCGCUGGGGGGCCCGCGGGGCUGGGCCGAGCUGCCGAGCCACAUGAACUGCCCCACGGAGCUGUUUUGGGGGGGUCGCUGUGAGCGUUUCCCGCUGCCCCCCCUGGCCGAGACCCCCAACUUCCCCCACGGCGCGGGGCUGCGCUUCGAGGCACAGCACGUGCGGGACUGCCUGCUGCGGGGACUGACCGAGAGCCCCGAGAUGCCGCUGGCCGAGAGCGAGGUCAUCGCCCGACUGCUGGACGAGGCGCGGGCCCAGGUGGGGGUGCGGCUGUCCGGAGUGACCACUGACCACCUGGAGCGGCCACUGACCCUCCCGAGUGACCAGCGACCCCCUGGAGUGACCACUGACCCUCCCGAGUGACCACUGACCCUCUGGAGUGACCACUGACCCUCCCGAGUGACCAGCGACCCUCUGGAGUGACCACUGAGACUCCUGAGUGACCACUGACCUCUGGAGUGACCACUGACCCUGCCAAGUGACCACUGACCCUCCCGAGUGACCAGCGACCCUCUGGAGUGACCGCUGAGACUCCCGAGUGACCACUGACCUCUGGAGUGACCAGACCCUCCUGAGUGACCACUGACCCUGCCAAGUGACCACUGACCCUGCCGAGUGACCCCGGAGUGACCGCAGCAGCUCUGGCGUUGCACCCGUGGUUUAAUAAAAUCUCCAAAAUCUCUGAAACCGCCCCAAAACGGUGCCCGGCCACUCGCAG